CAGUGUUAAAGUUGUUUAUACGGCCACUCUUCAGUGUGACCUGUAUGGCUGUUGACCAAAAAGGUCUUGCAGUCACUUCCGUGGGUCUGCAGAAGCUUCAUACAAAAUGUGACUGUUUGUAUGGCAGAAAAGCGGACGAGACGACAGGUCGAUGAGGACGUUAAAGGCAAUACCAUCACGGCACGCCCUUGAUAUUGUUGUCCAGGAGAAAACCGGGAGAAUGAUUGCCCCGGGAGAUCGUAUGGGAGGGGCACUGAUAUUCGGGUGUUUCCCAAUAAGGUCGCGAGAGAUGACAAGUAUGUUGCUAGGGCGGGAAAGCCAUUCAAAGAAGAUGAAUUCAUUAAAAAUUGCAUGUUAGAUUUUUGUAAGAAAUCUUUUCUAGCGGCCCAGCCUCACCCAGUUUCUAACAUCCAGUGGCCCCCAGGUAAAUUGAGUUUGAGACUCCUGAUCUACAAAGAUACAAAUAAUUGCUGUUGCGACAUCUAGUGGACACAUCUAGAACGGCGGUUUCUUUCAUUCCAAAAUUUCGGCUAAUUUGUAUACUUAGCAAACUCAUCCCGCGGGCCGGAUAACACCUUUUCGUACGUUCGACACCGCUGGUUUAAUAGAACAUCCAUCCAUCCAUUUUCUACCGCUUGUCCCUUUUGAGGUCGCGGGGGGUGCUGGAGCCUAUCUCAGCUGCAUUCGGGCGGCUUAAUAGAACAGGCUAACAAAUUAGAAGUGAAGCUUUGUAAACAGGCUUUCAUGGUUGUCAAUGACGGCUGUCUACAGAAUACGCCCCACCCCACAGGGCAGACCUUUGCAUAUCAAACCAUUUUUGGCUCAUCCAUGCAAAUAUUUCUGCAGUCAACCAUCCAUGCUUUGGAAUGCAAUACAAACACAUUAAACCGGCCUCAACUUUGGAACUAAAAAAAAAAGCUUUGCCUCUGGACAAACACUUCAGAAUGAACGAAUCCUUUUCAAUCUAUGUGUGGAAAGAAUGUGAUCCCUACAAUGGAACCGGAGGACCGUCUGAGGGUCUCGUCAUUCUCUUUGCCGCCGACUGCAUUGAAUUCUUCUUUGGCCUCCCGUCAAACAUUUGGCUCUUCUGGAUCAUUCUCAAGAGGAGACGGAAGGUCGGCAGCAUCCUCCUGACGGACUUCUUCCCGCUCUCCCUGGUCCUCAUCCAUUUGAGCUUCUAUCUGAUGGUGCCCUCGCUCUUGCUCAACCACUUCUUGUGGCACAGUGGCUGGUUGUUUGUCAUUACGGCAUUGAUAACCUCAUCAAUACUUAUUUUAAAGCCACUGCUCUUCUGUUUGAUGUGUGUUGAGAGCUACCUCGCUGUGGUGCGACCUGUGCACUUUUUAAGGUUCAGGGCCCUGAAGUACAGAUGGAGAGCGCUGGCUGUCGCAAGUUGUCUUUACGUCAUUUUAUCCUUGUUCGUGUUCAAGAGAGGCUCCAUUCUUUUAGUGUACUUUAUCUUCCUUCCUGUUCUGGCUGUGGACACCUUUUGCAGCGUCGCUGUUCUGAGAGUGCUGAAACAAACUCCACCAGGAGACAAUCCGAAAGCACACGGAAAGGAGAAGGAGAGUUGGCAGGGAAACGUGGGGGUGAAGACACCAGCAGGUGGGGUGGCGGGAAGAGGGCGCGAACCAAGGAAGAAUGGGGAGAUGCAUUCUAUAAAGAAGAAAGCCUUCAUCACCAUCUUCGCCAUCCAGGUGGUCCUCACUAUCAACUACCUUCCCUACAUCUUUGCCGUCAUUCUGCGAAGGCAGUUCCCUGCUGGGGUUGUGAAGUGUCAGUUUAAUCCUCUGUCUUUGGCUGCAUCAAUAAGUGUUAGUUACCUGCAGCCACUAAUCUACCUGUACAAUUUAGGUCAACGCCACAAGAACAGUUAAGACCAAAACAUUUUUUUUGGACAGACAUGUGCUUGCUAUUAAGGAUAGAAGUUCAAAUUUGUGACGUUAGAAAAUGGCAUUUUAGUCGAAUGUGUGAAAAUGUUGCUUUAGUUUCGCAAUGCAUCAUUUGUCAAUGUGUUGUACUAUCAUUUAUUAAAGUCACGAUUCAA